AUGACCCGAUCGGACUCUCGACAGCAGCGUCGUCAUCACGACCCUCAAAGACUGUCGCGGCUCAUUUCGUCCCCUACAGCUCAUUGGAAUCGCAAGGGCAGAAUCACUGAAGAUUUGCAGGUCUCUCAAGGGGGGUUGAACACCCAGUCUAGUGGUAUAAACGGGGCCAAUUACCCGUUGUUCUCACCUUCCAUUCGUGACAUAUGCACCACAGACAUCCAACAAGGAUCUACGCUCUUAAAACGUCUUAACGAUAUCUCAGCCCUCACAAAGCUCACAAAACAGUACGUCCAAUUGCAGAGCCAUGUGAACCCAAUCCCAGCUUUUCUGGCACAAACGGUCAUUGCGUCCUUAGAAGAAGAACCUUCAAUCGAAAAAAUGAGCACCGGAGAUCAGUUGGCAAAGUCAAUUAUGAUUACCGGGAAUACCUGUCGAGAACUAGAUCUGGGGAUAUAUAUCUCUCCCGAUAGCCUCUGCAAAAGGUUCACGGGGCCUGCACUACGCUGGGAAACGCUGGGACUGCUAUUCACAUGGGCCACACUUGCUCUGCUACAUUCCCCAGUGGAUGACAGGGUUGCUGCAAACUUCAUAGCGACUCAGGGUACUAACAAAGCUUCAUGCGUUUCGACAAUGAUGCACAGCAGUAAUCUAUGUAUCUCGCUAUGUAAAGAAUAUGCACCUGCAAAUGAGGUUCUCCUGUGGUUGUUGCACGAAAGUCUGGCCCUCACAGCACAAUUCUAUGGUGAUUACAGUCAUCAGACAUGGCAGCGCCUAGGCGACCUAGCCACUGAAGCCCUAGACCCGACCAUAGUCAAGUUUGGCGCAGGUAACCUUUCAGUCCCCUUUUUCCUUGCCCAGUCACGAAGCAAGAUUAUAGCUUCUGCGUAUUGGAUAGAUAAAAGUUUGGCGAGCUUCCAAGGUCAAAUCCCGCGAAUUCCUUACCUCCCGCAAGAUUUUGAAAUCCCACUUGAUAUGGAUGACGGUGCGCUUCUCGCAGAGGGAUUUCCUCGCUCAAAAUCGCUACAAUCGUGUAGCAGUGAGAGGAAUCAAUCAGAGUCUCCCUGCCCUGCUACAUAUAUCCGCGCCAGAUAUAUCUUGGGCGGUUUUCGAGAUGAGCUCCUUCGACUGUCCCACGCAGUGUCUACUGUCAAUAGACUCCCAAAGCUAAAUGAUUUAUCUUGGCGCUAUAGGGCCACUUGGCUGGAGAUGCCGAACAAUCUGCAUUACAAAGACACCGACCAGGUCGAGGCGAUGCCCUACAUGACCUCCUUCCCACAGCUACUACUCUUCUUGGAUUUUCUUCAGGGUGAAUAUCUUAUCUAUAAAGAGAUCAGUAACAUUAUUGAGAGCAUGCGACCUCAGCUUCUCUGGCACUGCAAAAGGACCCUCAAUAUAGUGAUCAGUUUGUUUGCUUCCCCUAAGAUGAGGGCACAGACUAGUCCGCUGGAACGUAUCCGCGUUGUGAGUUUUCUGUCCACCAUCUAG